AUGGCGUUGGGGACACAAGGGGCCGAGGAGCUCGAGGUGCUGGAGUGCGAUGCUGCCGAGCCAACUGUAUGGCCUGCUCACCGGCGUCUUUGGCGGACAGUACGGACGCGAGUUGCAGACAUUAACGAGUGCGAGGAGGAUCCUAACAAGUACCCUUGCUCUGUUCCUGGAACCUGCACCAACACUCCCGGAAGCUUCAUCUGUUCUUGCCCCGACAAGACGACAGGCAACGCUUACAAUGGCACAUGCGAGGCAAAGAAAUCUCAGCUCGGAGUGCGCGUCGCAGUUGGCGUUAGCGCAGGCUUGGUCAUGCUAGUGGUCACCAUGUCCUGCGUCUACAUGAUCCGCCAGAAGCGGAGCCUCGCCGCCGUGAAGCAGAGGAGCUGGAGGAGGCGACCGGCUGGUUUCGACGAGCGCAACGUGCUGGGCAAGGGAGGCAGCGGCACCGUCUACAAGGGGUCUCUCAGGGACGGCAGGGCCGUGGCAAUCAAGAAGUGCAAGCUGGUGAGCGAGAGGCAGGAGAAGGAGUUCGGGAAGGAGAUGCUCAUCCUGUCCCAGGUCAACCACCGGUACGUCGUCAGGCUCCACGGCUGCUGCCUCGAGGUGGAGGUCCCCAUGCUCGUCUACGAGUUCGUCCCCAACGGCACGCUCUACCACCUCAUCCAUGGCGACCGCCGCCACGGCGGCUCACGCGUCUCCUUCGCGACGCGCCUCAAGAUCGCGCACGAGGCCGCCGAGGCGCUCGCCUACCUCCACUCCUGGGCCUCGCCGCCGAUCAUCCACGGCGACGUCAAGUCGCCCAACAUACUCAUCGACGAGAGCUACGCCGCCAAGGUGUCCGACUUCGGGGCCUCGACUCUGGCGCCCACGGACGAGGCGCAGUUCGUCACGUUCGUGCAGGGCACCUACGGCUACCUGGACCCGGAGUACAUGCAGACCUCCAAGCUGACGAGCAAGAGCGACGUGUACAGCUUCGGCGUCGUGCUCCUGGAGCUGCUCACGUGCAGGAAGGCCAUGAACCUCCAGUCGCUCGACGACGAGGAGAUCAACCUCUCGGCGCAAUUCCUCCACGCCAUGGGUGAGAAGAGGCUCGAUGAGAUACUGGACGAACAGAUAAAAGGCGAGCAGAGCAUGGAGCUGAUCGAGCAGGUGGCGGAGCUGGCGAAGCGGUGCCUGGAGAUGGCGAGCGAGAAGAGGCCCUCCAUGCGGGAGGUUGCGGAAGAGCUCGACAGGGUUAGGAAGCUGUCGCAGCAUCCCUGGGGCAGCCAAGAAGAGACUUGUGAUGAGGAGGAGCUCAAGGCCUUGCUUGUCGGAUCACCAGGGACAGGGACGUCCUCUGAAAUAGAACCUAGUAUUAGUACUAAUGCGUAUGUUAGCAUGACAGAUUCAGCCUAUUUAGGGAUUCGAUCUCCACGAUGA